ACGCGGCGGCGGCAGUGUCCCCCGCGCCGCCCGCCGAGCCGCACGCCGCGACCACGCGCUCUGCCCCGAGCUGUUUCGACACGCCAUUAGGUUGCGAAAGUCUGCGCGAUGAUAUACAAGUGAGAGCCGACAGCUGACGUCUGGGUAACGCUCAUCGCGCACGGUGAGCCAGUUUCUCUCGGGACACUCGACACCCGCUCGGCCGGGGGGCGCGCGCGCCGACUCACGCACACGCGGGACCACACAUCACACGAACAUAUUGCUGUCGAACAGAGACUGAAACCAAUUUUUAAUGUGUCAAGUCAGUAUAGCAUACUGCUGCUACGUCAGAUCGCAGAACGCCUCCAGCAGGAACUACAAGGUUAUGCAAAUGAGUUCUGAACGCUUCUAUACCAGGGGUAAUCUAAAGACCAUUCACAACUUCAAUAAACUUUAACGUCUGGCGUUCUGCCGUUCGGUGUUUAGAGCCUUUCUCUAAUUUGUGUCGUCGGUGCCGCGAUCGCUAAUUGCUAAUUACUGUGAGUGUCGUGUGAUAAGCGCGCGAGUGUUAUCUGUGUUGGUGAGACGGCGACAGUGGCGGCCACGAGUAGCAUGGCGGCGCAGGAGAGCCUGCUGGCGCGCUGCGAGGUGCCCAUCAUCGACCUCGCACACAUCGGUACAGAUGUGUGUCCCAUGAAGUCAGUGGUGCGUCGCAUCGGGCAGCAACUGUUUUCGGCGCUCAGCGGCAAGGGCCUGGCCAUGUUGGUCAACCACGGCAUCGCUGAGGAGAAGUUGAAAGCCGUGUACGGGGACCUGGACAACUUCUGCGCGCUGCCCGAGGGCUGCCAGGCGCAGUACCUGCGCAACCCCGCCAGCAACCACGGCUACGUGCGCCCCGGCAUGGAGCAGUUCGACAUCACCAAGAAGGAGCUGCGUCACUCGUUCAACAUCACAUCGCUGUCUGCGGCCGCGUUCCCCGCGCAGGAGGAGGUGCCGGAGUUCCCGCAGCACGCCGUCCCGCUGGCGCAGGAGUUCACCAACCUGUCGCGCGUUCUGCUGCAGGCGCUGGCGUAUGCUCUAGGUCUACCUCCAGCCACGCUGCUGGACUCGCACUCGGGCAUGCUGGCCAGCGACGGGCGCAACGCGUCCACCAUGCGGCUGCUGUACUACCCGCCGGUGCCGCCGGAGGACGAGGAGGAGAGCCACCACAGCGGGCACCGCUCCUACACGCGCUGCGGCGCGCACGCCGACUACGGCACCUUCACGUUGCUGGCGCAGGACUCGGAGGGCGGGCUUGAGGUGAAGCUGCGCGGCAGCGAGGAGUGGCAGGCCGUGGGGCACCUGCCCGGCGCCAUCAUGGUGCAGACCGGCGAGAUGCUCGCCGCCUGGACCACCAACGUGCUGCCCGCGCUGAUGCACCGCGUGGUAGUUCCAUCGGGCACGUACGCGCGAGCCAGAGGGCGCCACUGCGUCGCGUUCUUCUGCCACCCGGACAACGACGCCAUGAUCCCCAUCGUGCCCCCGCGCCCCGCCGCCCCGGACGCGCCCGCCUGCGUCCCGCACGCCCACCUCACGCUGCACAACCGCCUCAUGAACGCCGCACACCAUCUGCAGAAGCGGUUCAAGGAGACCUACGCAUGACUCGGCUGCCAUUAGUUCACUUCAACACCUAGUGCUGCAACCUCACUUGGCUUUUCGUAUUUGCCAAAAAAAAUUGCCAACAUUUUUGGUGUUCGGCAGCAAACAAUAUCAAAUCACAAAUACGAAUAGCCAAGUGUGGUGCCAGCAUAGUAAGAGGAACUAUACAGUAGAACAGUACCUAUAUGAGAACGAUUAAAAGCUCAAGAUGAUAUUAACUAUCAGCAAAUAUGAUUCAAUGUUUCAGUCGACAAAAAAAUAAGUAAACAAAGUAAAUACCGAUUAAAUAGGUAGGUCCGUGUUUUAUCUCAGGGAAGACGUAACUAUACUAUUUUGUAAGCACAGCUGCUAUUUACCAUUGCUUUUAUUAAUAAAAUCGAAGCUUAGCAGAAGUUCAGGAAAAUUAUUGCCAUCGCACAUAAAUACUUCACUGUAGGGUAGGUGCUUAUAUGAUUUUAUAUUUCUAUUGAUUUACAUACUUAAUUAGUCAAAUGUAGGGACCUUAUUGGGAAAAUGACAGAACAAUGGGUACUAUGUGGUACUAUGGCGUUUGAUGGAUGACAUGUGCCGAAAAUAGCAUUGACACAAUGACAAUAGAAUAAUACGACCAUCCUAUAGAAGCCUUGAAAAUGUAUGAAUGCAUCUAGAAUUUAAUAAAAAUGUUUUCCCAUCAAACCUAUCACAGGAGAGCCUUUAGAUAUACUGCAGUCGAGUGCAAUGAUAGAUAAUUGGUACUUAGUCGGAUAAAUUAGUCGAAGUCGAUUAAUGUCGAAAUCAUUCCUGACUGAUAUUUGCGUUUGAAUUGAAUAUUUCAUUCUUUUAACAUUUUUACCGUUUUUGAUACUUAGAUACUUGCAUUAUUCAAUGUUUUUCGUUAGGAAUCUAGCAAUUAGCGACCGCGAUGUCGUACCUUAAUUUUUUACUUAUACAAUUAUUAUAUUAUUUACUUAGACCAUAUUGAUUGUCUGUGUUCUUGCUUCAGCAUUUCCUAAUAUAUAAGUAGUUUUAUUUACUUAGCUAAAACACUUAUCUUUUUAUAUUUAUUUAGUGGUAGGUAUUCAUCUCCUCAAUACCUUACUAGGUACUAUCUUAUUGUUAUACUACAUGCUAUAUCUAAAAUUUUAGCUCAAUUGUGUAUACUUAUUCGAUAUUGUGUUCAUAACAUCGAAUUUAUAAGAAUUUAACUAGAAUAAAUAAGAUCACUACUUAAAAAGACAGUACUUAUGUGUAUUUACUUAAAAGAAAUUAAAAGCCAGUAUUUGUACUAAAGACACUUAAAAACUGUACUUAAUUCAGCACAAUGAAAAUAUUCAGGUAGACCUACCCAUGUUUGUUGCAUUGUGUAUCGAUAUGUUUUCAGUAUUUUCUUUUUAUGUACAAGUUAUUGUAAUAAUUAGUCAUACCGACAAACUUUAGAACUAAACACCAGGAAGUUGCAGAAAAAUAGACUGCAACAAAACAGUUCUUAAAAACAUUUUUAGAUUAUAAUUAAAUUUUACAACACCUGUUAACAACGACUAAUUUAACACUGGUAAACAAUAUAAAAAAUAAUUUACUUACCAUGAUGCAUGCAUGACCCCACAGUUAAAGUGGCUGCAGUUGGCCGGUGGACCCCGUUUCGCAUUUUACAGUCUGUUGUUUUUACACACAUUAUUAUAUUCAAGUUGCAUUUUACUAAGUUCACAUAAUAUGUAAUGUACAAUCUUCAUUCAAAUUAAAUAGCUAAAUUAAACAAAAA